UGAGUGAAGAAGAGAAGCUUUCUGCUCCUUGAAUGGACCAAACUGAAGGUGGUGAUCUUCCUUCUCGUUUCUUUCUGAAAUUCUGCCCGACUCAAGUGGUCACCAUGAGCUGAAGGAGCGUCCACAGAGUUUUUACGCUGGUGUCACACAACUGAGGGGCAUCGACUUUGGAGAGACUUGACUCUCAUAGCAGGACGCUGGAUCUUUGAGCCCAGGGCAAAAGGUCAGUCGGGGCGUCUUGAUUGAGAGGCUGAGAGCGUCGCAAGAUAACAACGUCCAUCUUUUAUCCUUUUCCCUCCUGAGCCAAAAUGGGUUCAGAUCUACGCGACCUGAACUCUCUGCUACCUCCGGUCCCAACGGGGCCCAGUCCGAGCUGCCCGGCCCCGCAGUGGGCUCCCGUCCUGGACUUCCACACGGCUGCCUCCCCUUACUCGUCUCUGGGAGCUCCUCACACGUCCCUGGGGCCGCACUCCUUCAUCAAGCAGGAGCCCAGCUGGGGGAGCACAGGUGACCCCCACCUCCUCGAGUCGGAUCCUCACUGCGGCCUCAGCGCCUUCACCGUCCACUUUUCAGGGCAGUUCACGGGCACGGGGGCUUGUCGGUACGGGGCCGCUUUCGGGGCGCCCCCUUCCGCGCCGCCGGCCUCCAGCCAGCCGCCUCCCGUCGGGGCCCCGCAUCACCAUCAGACCCCCAGCAGGAUGUUCAGCAACCCGUCGUACUUGACCAACUGCAUGGACACACAACCUGCAGUACGCAACCAGACAGGUUACAGUGCGGUGGCGUUCGAUGGAGCCAGUAAUUACGGUCACACUCCAACUCACCACAGCUCGCAGUUCUCCAACCACUCCUUCAAACACGAAGACUCUUUAAGUCAUCAGAACGCCAUCGCAGAGCAGCAGUAUUCGAUGGCCCCUUCCAUGUACGGAUGUCACACACCUUCAGACAGCUGUGCAGGCAGCCAGGCUCUGCUGCUGAGGAACCCGUACAACAGUGGUGAAAAUGUAUAUCAAAUGACCUCUCAGUUGGAGUGUGUGGCUUGGAACCAUGUCAAUACACUGGCAUCAACCAGGAAGAGCCAUGCAGGAGGCUAUGACAGCGACCCCAGCACACCCAUGGUGUACAGCUGCAGCACACAGUACCGCAUACACACCCACGGCGUCUUCAGAGGACUGCAGGACGUAAGGCGGGUGCCUAGCAUCAAUCCAACCAUAGUGCGGUCGGAGAGCAGCGAGAAGCGUCCGUUCAUGUGUCCUCACCCAGGAUGCAACAAGCGCUACUUCAAGCUGUCGCAAUUGCAAUUGCACGGCCGUAAACAUUCAGGUGAAAAACCUCACCACUGUGAGGUCGCAGACUGCGGUCAGAGCUUCUCUCGCUCUGACCAGCUCAAAAGACACCAGAGGAGACACACAGGUGUUAAACCCUUCGAAUGUGAGACGUGUCAGAGAAAGUUCUCUCGGUCUGACCACCUUAAGACACACACCCGGACUCAUACAGGUAAAACAAGUGAGAAACCUUUUAACUGUCGCUGGCCAAAUUGUCAGAAGAAGUUUGCCCGGAGUGAUGAGUUGGUGCGACACCACAACAUGCACCAGAGGAACCUCACCAAGCUGCAACUGGCCGUCUGAGUCGCUCACUUUGACAAACCCAGGGAACGUAUUACAGUUAUGUUUAUUUAUUCAGUCUGGGCAGCGGAUUCCAACAUUUGCCAUGAUAUUGUUCGACCAUUACACAGAUGUCAUGUAAUUGCAUUGUUUCGGCCUUAGGAGUACUGCAUUUUUGUAGGUUUAUUUGAUUAAAUUGUUAGUUACUUUGAAACACGUCCUACUCUAAGGCAAGGGGUGUCCAAAGUUUUGUAUUGGCUCCCUGGCAUAAACGUUCUUUGCCAGGGGUGCCCAAACGUUUUCCCUCCAAGGGCCAAAGUGUAAAUGUGCCAAUGGUUUGCGGGUCAAACAUAAUUUUUUUUUACCAUGCAACAGCACCACGAGUGAGUAAUUUAGCCUCAUACCGCCAUACAUAAAUAUAAGGUAGUAAAGAUUGUCACACAGCUGUGUACCAAAUUCAGUUAACAUGCAACUCUACAUAUUUUAUGUACAAUUUUAACCUCAAAACAUUCCAAAAGGUCAUUUUCUGCAGAUCUUCGCCAUUUCCAGGUGUUGUUCUGUAACCAGCUCCUCCUAUAUUUUUUCAUCUGAUCAAUUUAAAUUUUUGCCCAGACACAUUAGACAUAUGGACGAUGCUAAAUUUUGAAGGGUUAAGUUUUUCAUUAAAUGACGUGGGCGAAGCAUUACGACCAAUAUUAUCGUUUUCCUUAAAGCAGUGGUGUCCAAACUGCGGCCCGGGGGCCAUUUGCGGCCCGCGGGUAAUAUUUUAACGGCCCCGUGGCACAUUCUAAAAAUACGAUUAAAAAAAAUGAAAAACAUAAGAAGUGGUAUAAAAGAGCAAACAGGUGAAAUGUAACAAUAAAAUGUUUCAAUGUUUACUCUAAUAACACAAAGCUGCCAUGCAGGCUGUUUCUUUCUUUAAAAAAUAAUAAUGAAUCAAAAUCAAUGUCAUUAUGAACUAUUGACCUAUUCAAGGCUCCAAUUACGUCACAUUAAAUAUUCCACUUUAAGACAUUUUUUGGGGAAAAUGUUGCAUAUUUUCUGUUUCCAUCCAUCCAUCCAUUUUCUACCGCUUAUUCCCUUCGGGGUCGCGGGGGGCGCUGGAGCCUAUCUCAGCUACAAUCGGGCGGAAGGCGGGGUACACCCUGGACAAGUCGCCACCUCAUCGCAGAUAUUUUGUGUUUGCCAUAUAAAAAACUAAGCUGUUUUUUUAAAACAAGGGCCUAAAACGAACAAACAAAAAACAUAAACAACAAUAAAAGUUAUAAUUGACGGAUGGAUCUGAGGUUGAUCUUGAGACUAUUGUGUUCAAAGUAAAAAAAAAUUAAUGAUUUAUUUUUUAAUACUUUACUGAGCAGGACCCUUUUGGAUCCCCAAUAAUAUUAGUGGGACCUUUUUUUUUCUUUUUUUUUUUUUUUUAAGUGUCAUUGCUCAAAAAAUAAUAAUGAAUCAAUGUUGUUAUGAGUUAUGCUAUGAGCUCCAAUUAUUAUAUAAUCUCAAAUAUUCCACUUUAAAAUAUUAUUGGGGGAAAAUAUUGCAUAUUUUGUGUUUUUUCCAUAAAAAACAGGGUUUUCUUUGACAACUAAUGUUGAUCUGGAGAUUUAAACCUUGGAUAAUAAUAAUAAUACUAAAUAAUGACACAUUUUAAAUAUUUUUUGUACCUAAACCCUUUGGGGUCCCCAGGAUCAAGCCUGAGUGAAGGCCUAAAUGUAUAUUUUUUAUACAUAUAUUGUAUUGGUUUUUAAAAUCAAAAAAAUCAAAAUGGCCCCCGCUUGCUUUGAUAUUUCAGUGUGCGGCCCUCAGCGGGAAAAGUUUGGACACCCCUGCCAUAGAGUGUCAAAAAGUCACAACUUUACCGUAGAGCAGAGGUUCUUAAAUAAUAAAAAAAAUAGGUAGCCUGUAAAAAAAAAAAGAAAAAAAAAAGAUCUAUAGAUUUUACGAUACAAAAAACUUUUAGCUCAGUCACCAGAAUUUUCCCAUACUUUUUUAAGGUGUUUUUUACACCAAUUUACUGCAAAUUGAAAAACUGUACCACUGUUCAGUUCAGUUAUAGUUUAUUUCGAACAUGCAUACGAUACAAUGUAAUGCAUCACAUAUUUCCAGUUGUUUCAUUACAGCACGUCUUAAAAGGAGCAGGAAGAAGCUGAGCUUAUUUAAUCCUACCACUUUUCAUAUCAUAGCAAUUUUAUCCCAUUUCCUUGUCCUCUGUAACAGAACAGUGAAUAAAUAAUAAAUACAUAAUAUACCAUAGUAAGUAAACAAAUAUUAAAUACAUAAAUAAUCUUUGUUUAAAAAAAAACAAAAAAAAACUGUUGUUUUUACAUUAAAUUCUGGUGACUCAGCUGACAGUUUUUACCGCAAAAUUUAUGGCCAUUUUUUUUACAGUGCAUCACUAUAAAUUGAAAAACUGUCAAAAUGUUUACUGCAGAAAUCUGGCAACUGAGCUGCUAAUUUUUUUACCGUAAAAUUUACAUUCCCUGUUUUAACAGUGCAUCAUUGUAAAUGUAAAAAUAGUAUCACUGAUGAUUUUAUUAUACAUAUUUGGCAACUGAACUGCCAGGUUUUUACAGAAAAAUCUACUGACUUUUUUUUUUUUUAGAGUGUAGCCUUACGCACAUUCCCGUCAAUGAUUGUGCAGCUUGAAGGACGUCAGUAUGAAUAUGUCUUACAUUUGGUAGCCAACCUCUAGCAGGCCAUAUGAAAUGACACGACGGGCCAAAUUUAGCCCGGGGGCCCCACUUUGGGUAUCCAUGCUAUAUGCAGUUGUUGAGGGCCACAACGACUAUGGCGACCAGUCUCUUCAGUAGCUGAUCAUCAACGUUGUCGACAUGCUCUGCAGGUGUUUGCUUGUUCUCCUUUGAUGGACUGAUUUACCUCAUGGAUACGAUUAUACUUUGUGUCUGCUAAACUCUUUCAUAAUAGUUUUAGUUUGGUUUAGCAGCAUCACGUCUGCGUCCAUUCAAAAGCCCAGAAAGAUAUUUGAUAAUUUAGCAUUGCUUCAAAUGCCGUCAUUCUGACAUUGUGUUUCUAAAACCACCGUACUAUUCAAGUUUAUAUUGUAGCCAAAUCAUUUCCAUAAAGAUAUAGGGCCUGAUUUGCUAAGAUUAAAAUACCACACGUUAAACAGCGUGUGCAAACUAUAAAAUUGUGUGGACUAUCACUGGCCGUGUUUUGUGCAAAAGUGGUGCAGACCGCCCUAUUAAAAUAAGGUUUUUGCAUGUACAGUCGCGAUCAAAAGUUGUAAAGAACAUAAUGUCGUGGCUGUCUUGAGUUUCCAAUAAUUUCUACAACUCUUAUUUUUUUGUGAUAGAGUAAUUGGAGCACAUACUUGUUGGUCACAAAAAACAUUAAUGAAGUUUGGUUCUUUUAUGAAUUUAUUAUGGGUCUACUGAAAAUGUGACCAAAUCUGCUGGGUCAUAAGUAUACAUACAGCAAUGUUAAUAUUGGGUUACAUGUCCCUUGGCAAGUUUCACUGCAAUAAGGCACUUUUGGUAGCCAUCCACUAGCUUCUGGCAAGCUUCUGCUUGAAUUUUUCACCACUCCUCUUGACAAAAUUAGUGCAGUUCAGCUAAAUUUGUUGGUUUUCUGACAUGGACUUGUUUCUUCAGCAUUGUCCACACGUUUAAGUCAGGCCAUUCUAAAACUAUUAUGAGCACGCUGACAGUGUGCUAUUCAACGAGGCGGUGGACCAUCACAACACCACAGCAAAUGAAUGCGUCCGGAAUGAUCCAAAUGCGAGAAAAUGCAUAUUACAAGACGUUUUUUCAAAAAAGGAAAUAUUAUAUUUCCUAAAUGAAAAAACAAAUGCCAUUAAAGAAAAACACUGGCAGACGCUAAAACACAUCCAUUUAAUUUGUUUUGAUAAGCCUCUUAAGUCAUCCAGCACCUAUAAAAUUAUAAAAUGAUAUUGCUGAAUUGACGAUAUGUGUAAUAUUUUUUUUAAUUUUGACAAUCCAUAUAUGUUGACUAGCAUACGUAGGACGUAGCUGCAAACUUCGAGCGCAAUGUGGUGAGGGACGACUGUAUUACAAUACUCAUUAGGCUCCAGUCAGCCCUAUAACCCCUAACGAGUAAUAUUAAAAACUGAAAUGGGAUCACAAACGUAAUCUCGGCAUACAUUAUUCUAAAAAAAUAUAUAUACUAUUAUUAAUGAGAUAUAUUAUUAGACAUUACACCAAUUUGCUUUGUCACCCAUAACACAAAGUUAAGCUAUAUAUGUUUGCUCUGAUAGCUUAGCAUAAAUUGACCUACACUGCACAUUGGAUUGGUUUUAGCCUCUCUAAUGCACAGAAUGUAUUAUAGUUGACCCCCGCAUUCUUCCACUUUUACAUACAGUGGAAAAACUUUGGACACCCCUGCCCUAAGCAAUUCAUCAGAUUUCACACACACACACACGCACACACACACACACACACACACACACACACACACACACACACACACACACACACACACGCACACACCCACACACACCCACACACACACACACACACACACACACACACACACACACACACACACACACACACACACACACACACACACACACACACACACACACACACACACACACACACACACACACACACACACACUCCCCAAGACUUAUAAACAUGAUUUAAUGUGGACUGCAAAAAAAAGUUGUCCUCCAAGAGAUCAUUUAGCUGUAGUCCCAAUGUUCCCUCCCAUGCUCCAAAGUUGUACUCACAAUAGUAUCAACAAGUGUCUAUCAUAAAGGUUCCCAUUUAAAUAACAUUUGUUUUAAAGGAGUCAUAUUAUGCAAAACCCACUUUUUUGCCUGUUGGUACCUGUUUUUGUGUAUUUGGAGUCCCAAUAGGUGCCAAAAAUGUUGAUAAGAACCAUGGAGGCACUCAGCAGAUAUUCAUAAACAAUUUUGCCUGCAAAUAUUUCCAUACAUGGUAAAUAUUUUCCGAUUAACGCUUGUGGGAAUCCACCAUUCUUAUUUUUUCAGCGUGUUUAUACUGCAAACAAAAUAUGUUUACGGUGAGAACCAUAAGCUAAAUUGCUCCGUUAUUGACUCUAUUUACCGGCAAAGGUGACUACACCAACCUCCAGUUUAAUAUGAAGACGUAAGAAGUGCCUCCUUAACUUUUGGGUUUCGUGAUAAUGGACCUGCUCUGAGUAUUAGACGCAGGGGCCCAGCGAGAAUUGCAGCCGGACAUGGAAACACGUAGCCUGGCUCGGAAACUUCCCUCGGUCACAUGGGAAAUGUACUUACAGAAGGAUCCACCUAAAACAUUUAAUCGAAGUGUGUCUUGACUCGUUCAGGGGUUGCAGAACUGUAAACCGACUAGAACACCCCAGCCUUAAGUUAGCGUCUGAGUCAGCAGCUGAAUGGCUUUUGAGUUUGUAAUGCACAACACUGCGAUAAGACAACAAUCUGUACUGACUGAACAACAUGAACAAUCGUAUGACAGCAUCUGUGAAGUAUUAGCCCACAUUUCAUGUUUUGUUUGUACAAAGCAAGCUUUACAGUGCUUGUCGUUGCGUGUAUUAUGAUCAGUAUUAUAGUAACUUCCACGAUGGACUUGUCUGUGGUUUCCAGUUGAUUUUGGGUAGGCGGGAUAAAGUUUCUAUCACUGCAGGGUUUGUUAGCACAAACAGUUAAUUUCCUUGUGAUGCAGUUACUUUGAGCAGUGUCCAGAUACAAAAAGCCUUUUGCAUCGAUAAUACUCCAUGCAGCAGAAACACUCUAUUUCUGUCGGCAUAGCUUGGCGAACACCAAAUCAUGCCAAUCGUGACUCUCUCGGCCCCCCUUUCAUAAGAAUCAGUUCAUCCUCUGUAUAUUCAGGUUCAAAAAGAUAAGCUUGUGAAUCCUCAUUUGUCCAAAAAUAGUAAUUUUUGUUGUCUAUCACCAAAUUUGCCAUGAUUAGAACACACACACGUAAGGAACACACAUUUGUUGACGAAAGUUGGAAGUUGCUAAGAGCACUGAAAUCAAUGCGCCCAUGAAAGAAGUCCUGGUAUUGCUUAAAAUGACCAAAAUACCGUAAAUAUUGUACAUAUCACAUAUUGUUAUGAAUGUGUGUGUUAGUACAUAUAUGUAUACUUAAAGUGUGUAUAUAAAACGUUGAUGGAGGGUUUUGAAGGUUUUUUUUUAGAAAGCUUUGAAGGCAACAUAGGUGACUAUUGAUGCAAUUUUAGCUGCAUCUUAGAAUCCUGAAAAAAAAUGUGUGUUCUUGUCUUUGAUAAUGGCAAAAUUCCCCCCAAAAAGUGCAGUUCCCCUUUAAGAUGGUCUGUAGAGCAAAAUGUGGACCAAAGUAGGGCUGCAACAACUAAUCGAUUAAAUCGAUUAAAAUCGAUUAUAAAAAUAGUUGGCGAUUAAUUUAGUCAUGGAUUCGUUGGAUCUAUGCUAUGCGCAUGCGUGGAGGCAACUUUUUUUUUUUCUUUUGUAUCUUUUUUUUUAUAUAAACCUUUAUUUAUAAACUGCAACAUUUACAAACAGCUGAGAAACAAUAAUCAAAAUAAGUAUGGUGCCAGUAUGCUGUUUUUUUUCAAUAAAAUACUGGAAAGGAUAGAAAUGUAGUUUGUCUCUUUUAUCCGAUUAUUAAUCGAUUAAUCAAAGUAAUAAUCGACAGAUUAAUCGAUUAUCAAAUUAGUUGUUAGUUGCAGCCCUAGACCAAAGCACUACCAUGACAUGUUAUGUAGACCACAAGGAAGUGAUUUAAAUCAUAAUAUGACUCCUUUAAGAAAGUGUAUAAUAUGUAUCUUUGGGCGUCAAUAGGGUCAAAUAUAUUUGAUACCAUGGUUACCAGAAGAGAAGAUAAAUGUGAGUCUUUUCUCAGGCCAUCAAGCACAACUGUUAUGUUUAUAGCAGGGGUCGACAACCCAAAACGUUGAAAGAGCCAUAUUGGACCAAAAAUACAAAAAACAAAUCUGUCUGGAGCCGCAAAAAAAUGAAAAGCCGUAUAUAAGUCUUAUAAUGAAGGCAACACAUGAUGUAAGUGUCUAUAUUAGCUAUAAUAGCCUACUGUCAAAAUGACUAUGUGUCGCAGGCUGACGCAAAUCUUGGUUGCCAGAAAUGUUGAAAGUUAGUAUUUAUUCUACACAUUUUUACAACAUUAGAAACCAUUAGUAAAUCUGAGGCUACUCAGAAGGUGAGAUAACUCCUGGAAAUUACUGGCUUUUAAUGGCCAAAGGUAUGGGCCAAAGGUGUGUCCAAGUUAAAGGAAAAGGCAGGCUGUCUUCUUCUAAUGAAUUUAUACAAAUCUUUGGCAAGCUAGGUAAAGUUUGCUGUGGUCUGGAACAACAUGGCGCACAAACAACUGAAAUGCAGCCAAUAUUACAUACAGAUAAUGUGUCAUGAGACAUGCAAAUCUAAAUUAUAUACAAAGAGGAUACAAGUAAAGGAUAUUAAAUGAGCUCAAAUAUACCUACAAAUGAGGCAUAAUGAUGCAAUAUGUACAUACAGCUAGCCUAAAUAGCAUGUUAGCAUCGAUUAGCUUGCAGUCAUGCUCUGACCAAACAUGCCUGAUUAGCACUCCACACAAAUCAAUAACUUAGACAAACUUUAUUGAUCCACAAGGGAAAUCGUCCAAUAACAAUAACAUCAACAAAGCGCACCUUUGUGCAUUCAUGCACAGCAUAAAAUGUUUGGCGGACAAAAUUAGACAAAGAAGGAGUGGAAAAUUUUACAUGUAAACAAACUGUUGCGUUAGUUUGUAUUUCCCCCCCCGUCUUUUUCCAUUUUCAAUCCUUUUUAGAAAAUGCUCCAGAGAGCCACUAGGGCAUCACUAAAUAGCCACAUGCGGCUCAAGAGCCGUGGGUUGCUGACCCCCGAUUUAGAGGGAGGUCGUAGGCCUUGAUCAGAUAUUCAGUUCCAUCAAAAUUGUUGUAAAUAUCUCCUGUUAAACGACUUAUUUAUUUUCAUUUUACGCAGAAAGAUAUUGCCUCACUGGAAUGAGUUCUAUAGAGAGAAACAAUGAUACACACUUUCCUUUUUUCUGUGUGUUUUUUUAAAACAUGUUUUACAAUACUGUAAAAGUUGACUUUUAGAGAAUAAACUGAGAUCUAUAAUUUGCUGUAGAAAGAAGAAAAAAUGCCUUUAGCUGUCUGUUUUUUUUGACGUUCCCUGUAAUAUCAGUCGUUAUUCAGCACUCUUGUGUGUGUGUUGUGCACGUGCUGUAAAUGCUCAUUGACAUCUUGGCUCUGUUUUACGCCCACUGCAUGUUCUCAAAAAUGUCUGCGAGGUCACACCGGCUCUGUGACCACGACAUUGCGGAGAUGUAAAUAUUCCUGCUUCGCCAUGGGAACACAGCGUUGUCCGUGAGGGGAAAACAUGUGACUUGACUCUGAUGUUUCUGACUAUCUUUGAAUGGACCCUCUGCUGUUUUUACUUCAUGACAUGUAAUAACAAUUUAGCUGUAAAUAGUAAACGCCAGUGAAACAUUAUUUUGUACGAAACGAUGGAAAUAUUUUUCUCAUUUGUUUGUUUUCUUAUACACUCGUCUCUGGGGUCUCUUAUUUAUUAUUGUUAUUAUUGGUAUUUUUUUAUAAGUCAUUCCUUCUAAGCAGUUAAUAAAAUCAUGGUCAUAAAGUCACGUGCACU